UUAAGUUUGUUGGGUUUGGCCCCCAAGGCCCCAUGUUCAGCCGACCGCUCGGGGCCUCUUACCCGGCCGCCGUUGAUGGCCUUUGUUUCAGGAAAGGGGGAAACAAUUGCGGCUGCCGGCAGCACGCAGGAAAUAGAACAAUCUAGCGUGCAAGACGUCGCAGUGAAAGCCGCAGGGCCCCCCAGCGCUGGCCAUGUGCGGCCGGACUGCCGUGCAGUUGUUCGUUUCCACUCUAGAAAAGCGCCCGAUGUCCGGCACCGAACCCGUAUCUUCCCCAGCCUCCUGCCCGGUGCCGGUCUUGGCCAUUAUCAGCAAGCCGACAUCUGCCAGCAUGCAGAGUCUGCUGGCAUCUCCCAACCGCACCACCCCGUUGCCGUCCUGACCUUUUCAUCGCUGUAA